AUGGACAGUGAAGAACACAUAAAUAAAAAACUAAAGAUAGAUGAUAUCAAAGAAGAAAACAAUAAUAAUAAAAAAUUACAAAAUUAUAUUUGUAAAAAUAUUGUAGAAUUAUUAAUUAAUUAUUUAUUAAAAAGUAAAAAAAAGAGAUCAAAUUCAAAUAAUAAUAGUUUUGAAAGAUUUGAAAAAAAACAAUUCAUAUUAUAUUUGGAUGAAAUUAUUACUCUUUCUUUAGUAUCAAAAAAAUGGUUUAAAAUAAUAUCAGAUUUUAUUUCAAAUGGUAUAAUUGAACAGAAAAUAAUUGAUUAUUGGUUCAGUGAUGAGGGAGAUGAUGCAACAACACUACACAGAGGCGAAGAUGCAACAACACUACACAGAGGCGAAGAUGCAAUGAAAUCAAAUAAAUAUUAUUCAUUAAUAAAAAUAGAUGCAACCACAAUUGAUGAUUUUUUCAGUUCUAAAUAUUAUUAUAUUGAAAACUUUCAAGGAGCUAAAUUUAAUCCAGUAACAACAACCGAUGAUGAACCAAAGAAAUUCAUUAAUAAUAAUAAUAAGACCUUUAAAAGGAUUAAAAACGAUGAUGAACCAAAUAAAUUCAUUAAUAAUAAUAAUAAGACCUUUAAAAGGAUUGAAAACGAUGAAAUAAAAAUAUUAUUGCAAAUAACAGAUAGACUUAAUGAGAGUGUAAAAGUUGAUUUACUUUAUCAAUCAAUCGAUGAAGAGUAUUUAAUACCAAUUGAAAAAAAUGAUAAUAUUAUUGUGGAAAAUUUAAAAUUGGAAGGAGUUGAUACGGAAUAUUCCUCAACAUUAUCAAAUAUUUUUAAUUUUCAACCAAAACAUAUAAAAUAUAAUCCAAAUGGUGUUUAUUGUCAAGAUUCAUAUUUCCAUAUGGAUUAUUUAGAAUUAUUCAAUCCAGAUAAUUUGGAAAUUUCUGCUUCUCCCACUUUGCCACUAUCAACCAAUAGAACCGAAUCUAUUAAAAUUAAUACAACAGAUCAUGUUGAACCAUUUCAUUUACAUAAUUUAGAAUCAUUUCCAAAUUUAAACUCAUAA